UAUAAGGAUAAGAACUUCCACCCAGUACAUCAGAAACCAAAGCACAUUUGCUUAAGCGAGACACAUCUACUUCCGUUUCAAACUAAUUCAACACUUCUAAUUCACAAUGUACUCCAAGAUCCUUGCCGUUGCUGCUAUUGCCACCAUGGCUUUGGCCGUUCAAGCCGCCAACUCUACCGCUCCUUUUGCCAACGCUACUAACGGUACUACUCCUGCCAACACUACCAACGGCACCAACACCACUUCUGCCACCACCUCUGUUCACUCUGGUGCUUCUAUCACCAACUUCUCCGCUGGUGCCUUCGUCAUUGCUAUGAUCGCUGUCGCCUGCUCCGUCAUGUCUCUUUAAAUUUUUUAAAGAGAUCUGAAUAGAAUGCGUGUCUUUUUAGCAGCAACGAUUCUUUGAGUCAUCGCUUCUUGAAGAUGUACAGUCGUUUGGUAUCGGAUUGACAAUGGUCGGUUUUCUAUAUAAUUGGAAGAUCCUUAUUGCAUGGUGAACACUGAGCUUUGAAUCCCCGUUAACAUCCUUACGAACCUUAUUAGUCACUAUUCUGUAGUGCGCGGAGUCGGUUACAAGGCUUUGGAAUACUUUUUUGUUUCUUGGUCCUUCUGACUAUUGACAUCUCGGCGUGCUCGCAAUUCCUAAUGGGCGUGUGUUCUCACGAUUCUCGCGAGGUGCUGCCUGUAUAGUUAUUAUUAUAAGGGUCACUAGCUUGGGUGUCUAUAAUUAAUUGCAUAAAAAAAUCUGACGUGCGGAUUGUAGUGGUGUGUCUGGGUGUUUUUGUUUAUUGAGUUCUUUGUCUGUGCAUUUAUUACUUGGUAUUUGGUACAUCGUAUCUAACAAUUUCAUUUCUACUCUGUCAAAUAUCUUCAUUUCGGUGUGACCCCUAGUUGUUUCUUCGAAUUGUGAGAUAUGAUUGCAAUGGGUUCGGAGAA